GUUGCCCCAACUGGGCAGGGCCAUUUACGAGGGGAUACGUACGUCAACUCCUACAACCCCCAACCGCAACUUGCAAUCUCGAGAGUUCGAUGUAUUGUGCGAACCCGGGCCGAAUCCGUGCCCGGACCCGGCUUUCUGGAUGCGCCUGCCCCGGAUCAAGACUGUUUAAUCGCGCGGAAUUCCCGAUUGCUGUGCAGUACGGCUGAUAGCUGCCGUUUGAUGAGAAGUUGCCGCCACCUUUAGCAGCCUCCAGCUAGGUACCGAUCCCAGCUGCAGGACGCCGUUCAUAGUCAGACCAACGCACAACGGUUUUGUGCGGCGUGACUCUGAAUUUUAGCCGUCGGGAAGCGCAUCAUCCCAUGAUUUGAACAUCCCUGGUCUGAUGCCCAUCCGCUAUCGCUGCUAUUGCCGCGCAUCAAUACCCAGGGCCUGGUUGGGAGGAUGCCCGAGCCUAUGAUCCCCUCGCGGACGUCCCCUUCAAGCACAAUCCGGCCCGCCGCACGAGAUUCCGACACGACAUCCAUCAGGCCGCGAAAUCGUCGCGUUCUUAGCGCCCAAGAGAAUGCCGCCGUUUCGUCGGCUUUGUCGACCCAGGGCCGGUCACCCAGUCGAGGUGCAUCGCCCAUACCGCCCGCCCGCAUCGGUUCUGUCACAGGAAGGAUCAAUCUCAGAAACGAGGUUGUACACAGCAAUGCGCGAACAAAGAGUCCCGCCGGACGCGGAAUCUUCGAUGGAUCAUGGACCCCUAGUUGGGCAUCGUUUCAAGAGUUGGCCUCAUCGCUGCUUGGUGUCGGAGGCUCGGUAGUUAGCGGGGAGCCCCACCAGCCGCUCAGUGGUGAUGGCAGCAGGACACGGAAAUUGACCAGACAGGCCAGCUAUCGAGAUGACUCGAGGAACGACGCCUGGGGGCCCGAGCCGCCGAACGAGUCAAGACCGCACCCAGAUGACAUUGCUGCCGGAUCGCGCACAAAGAUAGAGGCGACCUUGAAGGCUAUGCGUACAGCAAGCCUGCUGGAGAGCCAUGAAGGCGUCAACGGAGGACUGGACGUUGCGGGAAGGUUCAAAAAGCGGAGCUCGGAUGAGAAUUUGAGAGGAACAUCCCCAACCCCUGACACAGAGGAGUACCUGGCGUACAUCCACCAUGUCCAACCAACAGACACAUACGCUGGUAUUGUGCUCAAGUACAGGUGCCGGGAGGAUGCUUUUCGAAAGGCCAACGGGCUAUGGUCUCGAGAUAACAUCCAAGUACGGAAAUGGUUGGCAAUGCCGGUGGACGCUUGCGAAGUGAAGGGACGUCCCUGCGAUCCACCGACGAAUCCUUCUUCCAAAGUCGACUUGCUCUCCCGGACGCCUGAUGCCAUCGAUCCCUUCGGCCGGGACAGCCAACAAACACAUGACGACUUCUUCACCUCCGGAAACAGGCGCACCUCGGAUCAUAACGAAACCGGCGACGAUGACAAACCCUGGAAGCAUGUGAGGUGGGUGUCGAUCGACUCGCACCCGCACCCGGUCGAGGUCGCGCGGGUACCGCGAAAAGCGCUGGGCUACUUCCCCCCGCGGCGGAAGAAAAGCAUGCAUACCACCUCCACCCUGUCCACCCCUCGCGCCUCGACCGACCUCCCAAGCGCUGCAAUACCCGAACCGGCGGUUGACAGCCCUCAAAGCAGCUCUUCCCGCCGGCCGAGCCUCCUGAGCAGCCGUGGCGCAUCCAGGAUCUCCGCAAAUCGCAACCGCCUCAACAGCACCGGCAGCGGCGCCGGCGCCACGGGCGACUCCAGACCAGCCUGGAUGCGCCGACCAGGCGGCGUCGGCUCUCUCGGCCGCCACGUGAGCGCCCCGGGCCCGGAGAGGGAUUACCUCAACUCGUGGACCAACAAGCACCUCCCUGGUCUCAACAUCGACUCGCUCCCGUCCAUGUCCGUCAUGGGCUCCGAGAGCGCACGCUUCGGGUUCACGAUGCCAGACGAGAACCCUUCCUCGGUGGCCAUCGUCGAGAGCCCCUUCGAAGAAGGCCGCGACGCGGCGUCGACGAGCAGGCAGGGCACGGGGCUGGACAAGGCGGCGGCUGCGAUCGAGACGUGGCUGAGGGGCGCGUUUGAGCGCGCCAGGCAGGCAGGCCCGCUUACCCCUGUGCUGGGGCCGAGGGGGAGACAGGGUGCUGGGGGUGGCGGGAUAGGCGGGAUGCCUGACGUUGGCGGGGAUCUGAUUGAGCUGGCGGAUACGGGGAGUGAUGACGGGAGGCAUGAUGGGUCGGGGCGGGACACCAGGGGCGGGUUGCUUAGCUCUCCGUUGCCUGGCGCUGCGUCCUCUGCUGCUCGUGCGACGCAAGGCGGAGCUGCUUCGGGGAGGAGCGCCGGGCAGUGGGCUGCUGGGUCACAUCGAAAUGUGCCCGCCACCAUGCCCAUUUGCAUAGAGUGUCGACACCCCGUCAAGACGCUCUGGCGCGAGGGCGGCGGCGACAAGUCGGGCGGGCACAACAUCCGGCUUACGGUGUGCAAGAACUGCGGGCGCUUUUGCGACAAAUAUGUCGAGCACGACUUCGUCGUGUUGUUUAUCGAUCUGGUCCUGAUCAAACCGCAGGUGUAUAGGCAUCUAUUACAUAACACGUUGAUGAAGGAUGAGGAUGAAUUUGCGCCAUCAAUCAUCCGCCUCGGCAUCCUCCUCCUCUUGUUCGACGUCUAUCUUACUUGGGCCCGCAUCGAGCGCCAGUCGGUCCCCGACGCCGAUGUCGCGAGUGGAGGUACCAGCAACUUUGGUCGGCUCGCCCAGCAGCCGAUAGUAUUCCAGUACAUGUUCUUCUUGCUCCUCUGCACCCUCUCGAUAAUUGCCUUCCACGGCUCCAUCCGCUUCCUCACCUCCUCCCGCUACUCCCCGCUCACCCGGCUGGGCAUCCUCCCGCGCUAUUCACGUCCCAACUCGGUCUCGACCGCCCUGCUCGUGUCGUCCUCGACCAAGCUGUUCCCCAUCCUCAUGGUGAUAUGGGAGUACGACGUGCCGGCCGCGGCGCGGUCGCUCGGGUGGGCGGUCGUGGCCAACAAUGUCGAGGCGCUCAAGAUCCUGCUCGACUGCGGCUAUGGCGUGGCGGCGCUUCUUGCGAUGGCAGGGGCGGUCAGCCGCUGGGCGAUGGGGCGGGCGGUGCUGUGGGCGGCGGGGCUCGAGGGGGUCGACUCGGCCGGUGAGACGGGCGUGGCCGAGGACGGGAGGGCGUUUGUGGCCAUGCUGAUGUAUGCGCGCGACUGGGCGGGGAGGUUGGCUGUGGGUUAGUUGCCGAGCAUGCGAUCUUGACCGUCUUUGUCCUGAUUUAGUCCUUCUGACCCCGAAGCUUUGUGUCGGAAAAUGAUACAUUCUGUAUUCGACUGCCCAGGGGCUGUCUGCUGGAUGUACAAGCCCACAGUCGCCCAAUUGUGAAAUCCAAACCCGUAAUAUGCCUGC